AUGCUUCGCUUGGUUGGUCCACACCCCACUCCAGCGGAGCUCCUAGCAGCAAUCUCCAGGGCGCGUGCCAGCAGGGCAGCGAGGGCCAGCAGUGCAGCCCAGGACAGCCGCCACGUGGCAGAGCUGAUCUCCAAGGUGCUGUCGUCAGCAGACGCUGUGAGCCUGGUGUUCCUCGCCAUGCCGGAAGGACUUUCCAAAGGCAACCUGCUGGGAAUCGACUCGGCGACUGUGAAGUUGUUCUACGAUGGAGUGGCGAAUCUGGGUGACGAGGUGGCAGCAGCAGUGGUGCGAACGAGCGACCGGCUGCUCACAGAGCUCGCCCAAGCCAUGCCCUCCGCUCCCUCCUCCACUCUCUCUGCACUCAUUUCAGCGCCCACUCAAGUUUCAACCCUCUCCUUUCCCCCCUCACCACAGGGUGACGAGGUGGUAGCAGCAGUGGUGCGAGCCAGUGACCGGCUGCUGACAGAGCUCGCCCAAGCCAUGCCCUCUGCGCCUUCCUCUACUCUCGGCCACCACCUCCCCACCCACCCGCGACCCUCCCGUCCUCCUGCCCUUGUCUCUCUCCCUGCACCUGCCACUGCUACCACCGCUGCGACUUCUGCCACGGCUGGGAGUGAGAGGGAUGAUGUCACAACCACCACUGCUGCCACCACUGCUGCAACCGCUGCCACCACCGCCACCACUGCCACCACUGCCACCACCGCCACCACUGCCAUGGACGUUGAUUCGCAACCUGCACUGCCGUCAACUGCCGCUGCUCCGUCGUCCGAAAGCCCGGCCAGUGAAGCCCCCACGGGUGCAGCAGCUGAUGUGGACACAGGAGCAGCAGGAGCGGUGGAGGCAGGUGCAGCAGCAGCAGCAGCAGCAGCAGCAGCAGCAGAGGCAGCAGCGGCGGCGGCAGGAGCAACGGCAGGGGCGUCGGGCAGUGCGAAGAGGAAGGUGGACUCGCUGGCAGCGGCUGCAGCGGAAGAGGCUGCAGGGCGAGACUCGGAUGAGCCGUCGCCAGCUGUCAUGCGCUCGCUGCUCUUCCUGCUCGACAGCCCUUUCCUAAUGGAGCCCGAGAACCAUCCGCUGUACCGCCGCCUGUGCAAGCUGCUGCUGGACCUGCCGCCACUGCCCCGCCAGCAGCUCAUCUGCACCCUCGCCAGCUACGAGCGAGCGCACCUACAGCAGAUGGUGGAGACGGCACAGCAUGUGAUCACCAUCCAGCUCUACGAGGCCCACCGCCUCGUUGACACUGUCAAGUUCGCCACUCGUGUGCUCGGGAUAUUCUUCGCGGCGAACGAGAGGGGCCAUCAGCUGCCACACUCGGCGUUCUACAACGAUGCCCUCAACAGUGACGAGUUUGUGGACCUGGAGCAGGACUACAGCAAGUGGAAACACAGAGACAGGUAUCUGGACCCCUUCACCCUGUGCGAGCACCCAUACAUCCUCGAGGCAGCCAGCAAGGCAGCAGUGCUGCAGGUGGAGUCGCGGGUGGAGAUGUCCCACCGCUUCCACGAUGCACUGCUGGGCAUGGCGCUCAGAGGGAUGACAGGCGCGCACGUGGGCAACCCCUUUUGUGUGCUCAUUGUUCGCCGUGAUCACAUUGUUGAAGACGCCAUCCUGCAGGUGCAACAACAUGCAGGGGACUUGAAAAAACCGCUCAAGGUAAAGUUUGUGGGCGAGGAGGGGGUGGACGAGGGCGGUGUGCAAAAGGAGUUCUUCCAGCUCAUCAUGCGCGACAUUGUUGACGCUAAGUUUGGCAUGUUCACGUACAACGAAACAACCCGCUCCUUCUGGUUCAGCGCAUCACCCAUCGACAUGCCACUCGAGUUUGAGCUCGUCGGCACCGUGCUGGGACUCGCCAUCUACAACGCCCACAUCCUCGAUAUAAGCUUCCCCCUUGUGGUCUACAAGAAGCUCCUGGGGAAGAAGACCUGCCUGGACGAUCUAGCCGGAGUGGACCCGGACCUGCAUCGAGGGCUCAAGGGGCUGCUGGCAUUCCAGGGCAACGUUGAGGAGGUGUACUCAUGGUGCUUCGAGGCGUCAUACACGGACGUGUUUGGCUCGCCCACCACGGUGCCGCUCAAGGAUGGUGGCGAGAGCCUUCCUGUCACCAACAGCAACCGGGAGGAGUUUGUGGAGCUGCUGGUGGACUUCCAUCUGAACAAGCUAGUGGAGCGCCAGUUCGGCCCGUUCUCGCACGGCUUCCUGCGCCUGUGCGGGGGGCGGGUGCUGAAAAUGUUCCAACCGGACGAGCUCGAGUUGCUCAUUUGUGGCUCCCCUGUGUUCGACUUUGAUGAGCUGGAGAGGAACGCGCGGUAUGAGGAUGGGUACACCAAGGAGUCGCCUGUCAUCAAGAACUUCUGGAAGGUGGUGCAUGGAUUGCAGGACGCGGAGAAGAGGAGUCUGCUGGCGUUUGUGACGGGGUGCGACAGGGCGCCCAUCAAGGGCCUCGCCUCGCUGCCCUUCGUCAUCUCCCGAGCCGGUCCUGACUCGGACCGGCUACCAACAGCGCACACAUGCUUCAACCACCUGCUGCUGCCUGAAUACUCCAACCUCGAGAAGCUGCAAACGCGGCUACUGACGGCCAUCAACAACUCACAAGGGUUCGGGCUCAUGUAG